AUGACCGACCAAAAAACUCUUCGGCAGCGAAGCCGCCUGAUUUCUGCCGAACCUAAAGAUUCCCCAGUUGCAUGGUGGAAAACUGUGCGUGUGCCAAUCACCGCCUCUAUCACGAAAAGGCGUCUGACCACGUCUUCGGUUUACCCGCCUAAUAAUAGUGAUACUGAUAAUAACACUAGUAAUGGUGGGGGUCGUUGUGAGGGUACACCUACUGCCCUAACCACAUUGGGCGGGGAGUUAACGCUUUCGGGCGUCUCCCUGUCGCCAUCCACGCUGGUCCCAACGAAACCGCCGAAUGACACCCUGGUGGAACUUUUGGAACUGUCUAUGAACGCGCAGCAGAAGGACAGGCGAGAGAGGGAAAGAAGAUUUUUGAGGAGAGGGACAAGACCGACGCCGACAUUUAGACCCGCGAAUCGUCUCGUGAACACAAGGGAAGUUGGAAAGGAAGAGGGUGCAGAACCCUUUCUGGAUGUCAUUUUGCGCACCUAUGAAAAUGAGCUGCAUCGUUGCAUCCGUGGCCGGAAUGGAAUGGAACGGAUUUUAAAGAAAACGCGUAAUGCAAAAAUACAUUAG